UUUUGAUAUAUAAAAGUGCAGGUUCCCCUCGUAGGGUAGGGAAAGCAGGGAAGUACUCUAGACAGUGCACUCCUUCGACUACUGUCCCUCCUUUCGACCUUUCUAAUUUUUCAAUAUGCUUUUGAAGAAUCUUUUCGUUGUUGCAGCAUUAGCUGUGUCUGCCAUCGCGGCGCCGACAGAGGGGAAGAGGCAGACGAGUACAAGAAAAUUGAAGUGGUUCGGUAUUAACGAGUCGGGUGCCGAGUUUGGAGAGAAAAAUUUCACCGGUGUAUAUGGAAGAGAGUACAUCUGGUAUGAUUUGGCAACUGUGGAUAAAUUCAUAGCCCAGGGCAUGAACAUGUUUCGCCUUAACUUCCUUAUGGAACGUCUUACACCGAACUCUCUCACCGCAUCCUUCGACCCACUCUACAUGGGCAACCUUACCGCGCAGGUCAACUACAUCACCUCCAAAGGCGCUUACGCCAUGAUCCAACCACACAACUACGGACGCUUUUACGGGGAAAUCAUCACCGACACCGCAGGCUUCAAGACAUGGUGGCAGAACGUCGCGGCGAAAUUUAAAGACAACGACCUCGUUGUCUUCGACACGAAUAACGAGUACCACGAUAUGGAUCAGACGCUCGUCUUCAACCUGAACCAAGCUGCUAUCGAUGGCAUUCGUGCAGCAGGCGCAAAGCAAAUCAUCACUCCUGAAGGCAACUCCUGGUCCGGGGCUUGGACCUGGGUAUCGUCUGGAAACGGCGCAUCCCUUGUCUCCCUUAAGGACCCAGAGAAUAAACUCGUCUACCAAAUGCACCAAUAUCUUGACUCCGACGGCUCAGGCUCACACGCCGAUUGCGUUUCCACAACCAUCCUCUCCGAACGCCUGAAAGCCGCAACCCAGUGGCUCAAAGACAACAAGAAGAUCGGCGUGAUCGGCGAAUACGCUGGCGGCAACAACACGCAGUGUAUCACCGCACUGAAAGAUGGUCUCGCCUACCUUGGCCAGAACUCAGACGUCUGGAUGGGCGCGCUUUGGUGGGCGGCUGGGCCUUGGUGGGGUGAUUAUAUGUAUAGCAUGGAGCCAGAGAGUGGGCCUGCAUGGAAGAUGGUACUGCCGGAGAUUAAGGGGAGUUUCUUUGGAAGCGCCAUGCGUUUCCGGGUUUACUUGCAACAAGUUGAAUGA